AUGUCGCAAGGAAAUCCCGCUUUCCCAGGUCGAAAUCUUUAUGCGUCCUCGAGCAAGCUACCUGAUCGUACGGCGCAAAAGCCUGGUACCACUGUCUCCUCGCAACAAUACUCCCAGUCGGCCUUUGGGCGUCGUCCCGAGCCCCAAUAUCCGUUCGGACAGUCUGCUGCCCCCCAGCCACAGCAUGGCGCGUUGGGUGGGAGGCAGAGUAUGGAGAAGGAAUCAAAUGCGCUCGGCGAAUUGAGCGACGAGCAAAGAGAUGAAAUCAAUGAAGCUUUCUCCUUAUUCGACCUCGACCGCGAUCGGCACCUGGACUAUCAUGAAGUGCGCGUCGCAAUGAGGUCGUUGGGAUUUACUAUCCCCAAACCUGAAGUUGUGCAAAUAAUGCAAUCGCAGGGUGUGCCAAAGCCACAAUUCAAGAGAGGGCCUCCCGUCAAAGGACAACAGACAUAUCACUCCAGUCAGCUUCUUUUACCACAAAACGCGUUUCAGCGCAUAGCGGCGCAAAAGAUCUUCGAACGCGAUCCCACGGAAGAGGUCGAGCGGGCCUUGCUAUUGUUUGAUCCAGACCAACGAGGUUACAUUGAAGUCGACGAUAUUCGAAGAGUUGCUCGAGAACUGGGUGAGACUGGUCUCGAGGAUGAAGAGAUACAAGCCAUGGUGGAAGAGUUUGAUUAUGACGGGACAGGGAGCGUUGCGAAAGAGGCCUUUUAUGCCAUUUGUCUGCAAUGA